UCUGGCUGAGGAAGGUCCCCCCUACCUACGCUUUUGCCUGGGUGGCGUGGCUGCUGCUGUGACAUGACCUGUACGCUACAGCUUGCUCUCGGCCAUCAUGUCAAAGCCAUAUUUGGGAAUCUACUGCGAUGACAGGAACUGGAAAAUGGGGACAACAGCCACCCAAACAAGAUCGCUCCCUCUCCCAACACGUCAAAAGUGUGCUCGCGCGGCCGAUACAAUACCGACAACAUUUACGCCCAGUCGCGGUUGGCGAAAGUUGCCUGCCACAAUUUUCGAGCUGAUUUUACAGCAACUCAGGGAAUUACAUUUUGAUGCCGAACCAGCAUCAUGUGCGACUUGCUUCAUGAGAGAUCUUUGUGCUGUACAGCGAACCUGUAAAGCAUGGUUCUCUGAUGCUCAACGAAUGCUGUAUACACAUAUCGAGCUUAUUGGACAAGAUGAUCCUCGCAUGCUGCGGAAAUGGAGAUUGUCACGAGCAGCGCGGCUGGUCAGACUCCGGGCAACCCUACGAGCGAGGCCUCGGGUUGCUGCUCUUGUAAGGACCCUCCGGGUUGCAGAUCCCCAUAUACCUCUGUAUCUCUUUAAUGAUGAUCCUAAUCCGGAGUACGACGCCUACCUUUGCACACUGUCGUCUGUGAUCAUGGCAUGCCCGAACCUCGAGGCACUGUUGGGAUUUUCGCCUUUCUACAACCAUACCUUUGACCGGCUCACACAUGCACUGUCCACAAGAACAAAACUCCGUCAGCAUGUAUGGGUCAUCGCGGAGAACGAGGAUGUGAAAGAACGAAGUCAGAAACAACUUCCUCCAGGCCUCUUGGACAGCCAGCAGACCUUUGAAUUCAUACUCUACCAUGACAGGUGGCAGGUGCUGGAGACACUAAUGCUUUGCUCUCCUGGAGGGUUUGGUGUUGUUGAGCAUGAGGUCUUCAUCGAAGUCCUUCAUGCUUUACCUUCACUCAAGAAUUUCUGCGUCUCAUCUUUUGAUGUUGAUGAUUUCAAUGACAAGACCUUGCUGUCUCUACCUUCGCUCGUGUCAGUGCGACUCGAGGAAUGCGUGGGGGUGACUGAUUCUGGUUUGACCCGCUGGGCGGGAUCUCCAAGGGCUGCCAUGAUCGAAAGGCUUUCGCUGAUACAUCAGAAUGUGACGAAUUUGCUAACCUUGUCUAAAAUCUUUGCCAGUCUCGAUAAACUAAAAAGGUUUACACUUGUUCAGGUGGACGUUGUCCCAACAAUGCCGGAUGACAUGAGUUCCCUUAUUUUCCAGCCGAUCAUGGCUUCCAAAAGCUUGCAGUUCAUGCACUGGGAUGUAGGAUGCAGCCAGGACCUACGAGAUUCAGUGGCGAGCGAGAGCAGUGAUUUUUACCCACAUCAUGGUUGCUCUGAGUCAGAUCUGGCUGUCAGCCCUACACCAAACCACCACUUGGCCUUGUCAAUUGUUCAUAGUGGCUUUCCAGCGUUGACCAAGCUUCGGGCACCACGCGAUACAUCACCCCGCGGAAUUCUACAAUCAGCUUGCCGGCCCCCUACAGCUAAACAGAUGAAUGAUCUGGAGCGGGAUGUAGGACAGCAAGUGUUGGGACGAAGUUCUCCCCCAAACUCCCUGCGUUCAGCAAAGCUGCGAGCAGCGUUGAUGGCUAGCGAUCCACUGAUAGAGCAGUCCAUCUCCAAAAUCGCCGAUCUAAUUGAUGGUACGCGUUGCGUUGUACCUUCCACAGAGAUCAAAAUUUCACGGCGCUCUUCGGACAAAGAAGUGUUCUGCCAGGGCCACAAAGGUGAUGAUGCUGUUUCUUGGAGCAAUGGAGAAUGUUGCUGUGAACGAGUUCGAAGAGUUAGCUGCACUUGCGACCAUAUUGCUGAUCCACAAACUCUUGACACGCUUCCUCCUCCGCCUCCACCACGAAGCCCUUUACGACGGAGGUUUCCUUCUCUCAACCGCACUCUUGGAACAACUCAGAAUGUCUCUUCCUAUAGGUCGGCGCCAGAUUCUUGUGUGAGCCAUGCUAUAACGUCUGGAGAAACCAACAUUCCCUCAACGCGACCGAAUCGGCCUAUCCUCUACCUUGAGCCUGACCUGCCGGGACAUGACGACAACGGAGGUUUGACAGGCUGGGCUGAGCUACUUGGGAUCAACGAAAAGGCAAAAUCGGAGAAACGACGACGGAGCGCAUCAACCAGCAAGUCCAGCCAAGCCAACGUCACUCAAGAAGGCGAGGAUGAAAGCGUAGGUAUGUGCACUGGUGCCUGGAAUAGCAGGGUCCGAGUGCAUGGUACCGAGAGUGUUGAUAUCGUCGCUGGCAGUCCGAUAUCCUGGUCUCCCGGGGAGAGUCAAGAGUGGAAGGGGAAGUUGGCCACAAGGGGCAAAGGUAGUCAGCAACAGAAAUCAAGUUCCAGUCUGUCACUCUCCUCGACUUUGAAAGCUGAGUCACCACAAGCGCGAGUCGAAAAAAACAGCCAUGUCCCGAGGCCAAGAGGGAGGAAGGGUGGGUUUGUGAUGGUCGAUGAUUUCUUCUGAAUAGAAAAAAAAGAAAGUCGAAGAGAGACCAGCCAGAUGACUUAUUUGACAAAUUUCAUCAACAUGAAAUGGUUAUUAUGCUAUAUUAGUACAUGGCUGGUUUUGAUAUUCUAUGUAUAUAUGCUAGAUAAGACAAAAAGCCGCACGCCCUUUUUUUGGGCAUUCAGGAUUGCACUUCAAGAAAG